GUUCCGGUUCGGCUGGCCGCGGCUGGCGGCGCGGCGCCGACGGGGCCGGAGCGAUGCCCGCGCGUAGUCGAGCUGGCUCCCGCCUGCGCUCCGGCUCCCCUCCCCGGGCUCUGCGUCUGCCGCUCGAGGCGCUGCGCUCCGCCGACGCACCGAGGACCCCGGACUCCGACGGCGCCCCGGACACCGGCUCCGAGCUGGGUCCGGGCAGCUCGGCUCCCACCGCGGAGUCAGUGGAGGAAGAAAUGGCAGGCCCUAGUCAACUCUGCAUUCGCCGCUGGACUACUAAGCAUGUAGCAGUGUGGCUGAAGGAUGAAGGCUUCUUGGAAUAUGUGGAUAUUUUAUGCAACAAGCACCGACUGGAUGGAAUCACAUUACUCACACUGACUGAAUAUGAUCUUCGAUCUCCUCCUCUGGAAAUCAAAGUCCUAGGAGACAUUAAAAGGUUAAUGCUCUCGGUCAGGAAAUUGCAGAAAAUCCAUAUUGAUGUUUUGGAGGAGAUGGGCUACAACAGUGACAGCCCCAUGAGUCCCAUGACUCCAUUCAUCAGUGCUCUUCAGAGUGCAGACUGGCUCUGUAAUGGAGAGCCCACACACAACUGCGAUGGACCCAUCACUGACUUGAGUUCUGAGCAGUACCAGUACAUGAAUGGCAAGAGCAAACAUUCUGUUCGAAGAUUGGACCCAGAGUACUGGAAGACCAUACUGAGUUGUGUAUAUGUUUUUAUAGUAUUCGGGUUUACAUCUUUCAUUAUGGUUAUUGUUCACGAGCGAGUGCCUGACAUGCAGACCUACCCACCACUCCCGGAUAUAUUCUUAGACAGUGUUCCCAGGAUCCCGUGGGCCUUCUCCAUGACUGAAGUGUGUGGCAUGAUCCUGUGCUACAUUUGGAUCCUCGUUCUUCUUCUUCACAAGCACAGGUCGAUCCUUCUGCGCAGGCUCUGUAGUCUGAUGGGCACCGUCUUCUUGCUUCGCUGCUUCACCAUGUUUGUGACCUCCCUCUCGGUGCCGGGACAGCACCUGCAGUGUACUGGAAAGAUAUAUGGAAGCGUGUGGGAGAAACUACGCCGGGCAUUUGCCAUUUGGAGCGGCUUUGGUAUGACCCUGACUGGCGUCCACACUUGUGGAGAUUACAUGUUCAGUGGCCACACAGUUGUUCUAACCAUGCUGAAUUUCUUUGUCACAGAGUAUACGCCAAGAAGCUGGAAUUUCUUGCAUACUCUAUCCUGGGUUCUCAACCUCUUUGGAAUCUUCUUCAUCUUGGCUGCCCAUGAACAUUAUUCUAUUGAUGUGUUUAUUGCCUUUUAUAUCACAACAAGACUCUUUUUGUACUACCAUACUCUAGCCAAUACCAGAGCGUAUCAUCAGAGUAGGAGAGCGAGAAUUUGGUUUCCUAUGUUUUCUUUCUUUGAAUGCAAUGUUAAUGGCACAGUACCUAAUGAAUAUUGUUGGCCAUUUUCUAAACCAGCAAUAAUGAAAAGACUAAUUGGAUGAAGACUGUAUCUCUGUAAUGAGUUUGUUGUUAAAUACACAAUAGUUACGGAAUGAAAACGAAUAACUUUGCUUUGUCCCCAGGUUGUCCCUGGAUGUGUUGCAUUUUGGCUUCUAUGUUGACAGGUUUCCUGUUCUGAGCAAGACUGUGACUAUAAAACUCGAGAAAGAGCAACCAAGACUCCUUAGCUAGCUGUUUGAACGGAGAGUUAGAGGACAGACUUGCUGCUCCUCCUUCACUGUGGGAAGACCCGGUCUGUGGGUGAUAUCAGGCCAUAACCUGUGCAUGUUGAGUGUUUAACAGCCUCCUGAACUCAAGCACAUCAGCUUGGACUAGUUGGUGGAUUUGUAUGAUUUUCAGCAGGACUCAAGUCAAGAAAGGUUUUCUGAAGCUGUUUCCCCUACCAAGUGAGCUUUCUCACUUGUUCACUGAACUAAUCUGUGUCUGUCUGGAAAGUGAUCGUCUUACUAGUAAAUGUGUUUUACCCUUUGAA